AUGUUUUACUUAUUUCUAUAUUCUUUCUUUCCUUUUAAAUUUUAUUCUUUUUUUGAUAUUUCCUUCUUUCUCUUUUAUUCCUUGAAUUGUUUUUUAACCUUUUUUUAUUUGCUUUUUUUCCUUUUCAUCCCUCUCUCUUUUGUCUGUCCGUUUGACUGUCUCUCUCUUAUUCUCUCUCUCUCUUUCUCUCUGUCAUUCUCUCUCUCUUAUCCUCUUUCUCAUUCUCUCUCAUUCUCUCUGUCUCUCAUUCUCUCUGUCUCUCAUUCUCUCUCUCAAUCUCUAUCUCUCAUUCUCUCUCUCUCUCAUUCUCGCUCUCGCUCAUUCUCUCUCUCUCCCAUUCUCUCUCUCUCAUUCUUUCUCUCUCUCUAUCAUUCUCUCUCUCUGUCAUUCUCUCUCUCAUUCUCUCUCUCUCUCUUAUCCUCUCUCUCAUUCUCUCUCUCUCUCUCAUUCUCUCUCUCUCUCAUUCUCUCUCUCAAUCUCUAUCUCUCAUUCUCUCUCUCUCUCAUUCUCGCUCUCGCUCAUUCUCUCUCUCCCAUUCUCUCUCUCUCUCUCUCCCAUUCUCUCUCUCUCUCAUUCUUUCUCUCUCUCUAUCAUUCUCUCUCUGUCAUUCACUCUCUCAUUCUCAUUCUCUCUCUCUCUCUCUCUCUCUCUUUGUGUUUUCGGCAUUUUUGGUUAUUUUCGUUUUUCUUUUUUUCCUCAAAAUUUUAUCAACCUUCUUUCAAAUAA